AUGUUUCACUUUUUAUUAUUAUUAAGUAGACAAGGUAAAACUAGAUUAACAAAAUGGUAUUCACCAUUCACAACAAAAGAGAAAUCACGUUUCACAAGAGAAAUUAGCAAUAUGGUUUUAAAUAGACCACCAAAAUUAUGUAAUUUUUUAGAAUGGAAAGAAUAUAAAAUUAUUUUUAAAAGAUAUGCAAGUUUAUAUUUUGUUGUUUGUUGCGACAGAACUGACAAUGAAUUAAUUGUUUUAGAAAUCAUUCAUCACUUUGUUGAAAUUUUAGAUAGAUAUUUUGGAAAUGUUUGCGAAUUAGAUUUAAUUUUUAAUUUCCAUAAAGCAUAUUAUAUUUUAGAUGAAUUAAUUAUGGCAGGUGAAUUACAAGAAACAAGUAAAAAGACAGUUUUAAGAUUAAUUGCUCAACAAGAUGCUCAACAAGAAUCACCAAACGAACAUAAAGUAGAUUUAUAA